AACAGGACUCUCCACACAGCUGGGACACCUGGGGUUGAAAGGGCAGGAACAUUGUGUCUUGCCAGAAAAAAAAAAAAAAGGUCCUUGGCCAUGGCACGUAUGGUAAAACCCCAAAAGAACCACGUGGACCUAGAUAUCUACCAAAGCUCAUACAUGGUCGACUACAAGCCCUUCGGGAAGCACAAGUACUCUAGAGUCACCUCACAAGAGCAGGCCAAGCUUGACGCUCAGCUCCGGAACAAAGAGUUUUACAGGCCCCAGCCCAGCCCCAACCCCAAGCUGGAGGAUGGGUAUCCUGCUUUCAGAAGACCCCACAUGACUGCCUUAGAUUUGGGAGUCCCUGGCUUCUUCCCACCACAAGACCGGGUAACUACUAGGAAGGAUGACAGCAGGUUUACCACCACCUGCCAUUAUGCUUACCCAGCCUCCCUGGCACUGUACCUGGCCCAGUAUGACCCCUACUGGCUUCACCAGAGGGCAGAAUUCCCGUGCCUCAUGGAACCAGAGAGGCAGCCUGCUCCAGAAGUGGGCAAAGGCUACCUUCUACUCCCUGGCUGUCUCUGUGUUCAUCACCAGAGAGUCAAGGUCCCCGUCUUGAAUAGGUGGGGCCCCUUGAUGCCAUUUUACCAGUAGAAGUUCGAGAAUACCCACUGUUUCAAUGUAUGAAGGAAUUCCAUGCCAACACUCACAGAGAAGGCACCAAAAAAAGGAAUAAACCGGGAAAGAUGUUCUUACACCAAGGGCUCUUGUUUCAUCGUAAUCUGGGCCUCAUCUCAGUGCAAAGGGAGGGAAGGAAGGAGGGAAAGUCGGUGUGUGCGCUGAACC